AUGGUUUGGUUUGCGUAUUGCGAUGACGAACCCGACUCUUUAAUCUCCUUCGACCCAGUCUUCACCGACACUCCCCAAAACCCUAACUUUGUGUUCGAUUUCGUAUUGGUUUACAGGCGAGCCCCCGAACCAAACUCAGAUUCAGAUUCGGAUUCAGACGAAGAUCUUGAUGACCUCUGCGAUUUAGAAACUCGAAUCGUUCGUCAGACCCACGAGUUCGAUAAAGAUUGGCUCAUCGGUGGCGAUAGGGACCAGAUACAAGACAACGUCUUUCAGAUUCUUGAGAUGAUCCAAGUCCCUUCGUACUCUGACAUCGUCCACACGUUAACUUUCCAUAUCUUGGAAUUAAAGAAACGCGAGGCCAUGUCUGAUUCGCCGGAGAUUGAGAGGAUACGAGUAGAGAUUGAUGUUAUCGUCCCGAGGUUUCCCUGUGAUAACGACGAUGUUGAUCUUGAACUCGAGCUAUGAGGCGGUUGAGUUGCUUAUUAUGUCAGAUACCUUGUUAAGCAAGUGUUUAACACUUUAGGUUUUGUUUUACUGUUUAAAAAGGUUGUGUAAUUGAAUAUUCAAUACAGCCUAUUUUGAUUUCAUGUAGUUAUCUUGUUUCUUUUCUU